GUAUUUUCCCGUUGCCUAACGACAAAAGUUCCCCUCAAGCCGAUGUCGACAUUGGUCUCUUCCGGCCUCAAGGACGGUCUUGCAUUCUACUACUUCGAUCACAAUGAUGAUCCUGAAAAGUACACCAACUUCGGAGCUCUUGUUUAUUACCACUACGCCGAGUCGGCUGACAUCCUCCUCGCCGACCUCAAGGCACAGCAAUCGGCACAUCCUUGGUACAGCCUCUGCAGCAUCGUUCUGUUCUGCUACUUGUUCAGGAAAGUCCAGCAAAAGCUUCGACCUCCAGUUGCGUACCCAACUCGGGCUGCACCCCCUCCUCCCCAGGGCAAAGACUCUGGCAUUGAUAUGCCCCGCCAAUCCGAGAACUUGCCGGCACUAGCCUAUAUCCCUCCACAACAAGAUACAGCUGUUACAUUAGCCACAAGACUAAGUCAAUCACGUUUUGGCAUCUCCUCCAUCAAAGACCAGUCUCAAGAAGUGGCGGGGAAAGUUCAGCAAAUCGAGUAUUUACUGCGGCCGCGACAAGAAGAAUAUCGGGAGAUCCUAGGUCAUUAUUCAGCUGGUGUCAGUAAUGAAUUCCAUGAAUUCCUGCCAUCUAAGCGUACCACCUCAAAGCUCAUUCUAAUCAAACUGUGUUCGUUUGUGGCAACAGUCGUGAGAUGGAAGUGCAGGGCUGAAAAGGCAAUGGUGCUCUGCGCCCGAAUUAGGCGUCAUUGGCUUCAUGCAGAUGUCCUUGCUGCGUUUGCCUCGCCAGUGAUAUUUGGUGAGCGUGGUCUUGGGUCUGAUCGAGUCAUUUCUCAAGUCAGAUUUGAGCGAGAUUAUGAUUCUCAUGAUAGGGUGUUCAAAGCAGCAUCGUGGCCGUAUAUAACAGGAGAGGAUGAUAAAAACGAAGAGCCUGGAUAUCAACAGACGAGGAUAGCCUGA